UGUCCCCGUGACGUAGCCAGGCUUGUUUUGGCCGUUUGUUUCGAUAUCCGGCUCUGAAAGCUUGUCGAUGUGUUGGUGGAUUUAAACGGAGAGGGUGAUGCCUCUCUGAUAUCAGGGCGCUGUGUGUGUGCAUGAGUGUUUGUGUGCAAGAGAGAGAGAGAAGGAGGGGAGGAGGAAGACUCAGGGAGUCUGGUUGGCUGUGUUACCAUGGCUGACGGAACUGGUGAUGAAGAUGUCAUUCAUCUGGCCAGUUUUAACACACAUCGCAGCCAAGGUAGCAGAUCAACAGGGAGGACCUACAUAACCAUAUCUGAUGAUUCUGAUGAUGAGCUGGUCACAUUUGUACCAAAUGCUCCUGUUGUGGUCAAAGAUGAUGAUGAAGAUGAAGACGAUGUUAGCAUUUUAGAGCCACAGGUACCAUCUCAGCGCAGGGUGAUCCGGCCCGCUGCUCAGUGGGGAGGCAGCACAUCCUGGGGCCAAGCUUCUGUACUCGGCCCACACCUGGUGGACUUGCACAUUCCCCACACUUCUGUAGCACCUGCACAGCCCACAUCAGGAAAUCAAGCCAUAGGUGUCUUUACCACGGACCAGAACGCUGUUCCUUCCACGUCAAGAGACAAUGUUAUGCUCGGACCUCGUUAUCCUGCUGGGGGCUCAGUGCCCCAACCUAGUGACCCCUUGCCUAGCACUCAUCCAGCCAACCGGGGGACGUCUCUUUUCACCCCACCUGUUGCUGAGCUUCCAGCUCAGCCUAGCACAGGAAACCAGGUAGCAGAAUGCAGUCUGAAUAGAACUGAAAGGUACCCUGGGGCUGUAGCCCUGGUCCCCCCUCAGGAACGACCCAUGGUCAGGCCUCAGCGUACACAGACAGGAAUGGAGCCUGAUGUGGCGGCACCCCAGCCGGAACAGCAGCCGCAGCAGUUUACUCCCCCCUUACUGGCACAGGAGCGGAUGGAGCAGCCUGGAUCUUCAGUGGCCAGCCAGCCUCCAGCACCUCAGCGACACGCUCUGGAGAAACUAGUGAAGAGAGUGAUGGACCUUUUUCCAGAUGUGCAGGAGGGAUAUGUAGCAGAGUUAAUAGAAAGAAAUGACCUGAAAGAUUUAAAUGUAAUAUGCAAUAUGCUGUUGGAGAACCCAGAUUAUCCAAGAAAAGCAAACUCUAGUUUAACUCAGAGAAGUGUGCUCCUCGAGACGAAUGACACUGAAACACAGGAAAAUGAGAACUAUUUUGAUUACUCUAAGUUGAAAAGCGUUGGCCCAGAAGUUGUAAUGCAAGCAGCAGACCUGCUGAUGGGCGACUUCAGAAUGCUGAGCUGCCAGGACAUCAAAUGGGCCCUGAAUUCCCUCAAAGGACACUAUGCAAUCACCCGCAAGGCCUUAUUUGAAGCUCUUAAGAAGUGGCAAGAGAUCUCCACUGACCCCUCAGGAAAGCGGAAGAAGAGAAAAGAACCAAACGAGCGCUCCUCUAUUGAGUUUAAGUUUGAGCAUGGUUCUUUUAAACUGGAGAGGAAGAUGUACUUUCUGGAGAAAAACCGGAGAUGGUGUAGGAGCUCUGAUACACCGCUGGAGCCAUCUUUAAUGAAAGAGCUUCAGUUUUACGAGCAGAAAGCAAAGGAAAUGGCAGAGCAUGAAGAUUUCCUUCUGGCUUUGCAAGUAAAUGAAGAGCAGUAUCAAAAGGACGGUCAGCUGAUCGAGUGCGGCUGCUGCUGUGGGGAGUUUGCCUUUGAGGAGAUGACGCAGUGCACUGACGGCCAUCUCUUCUGUAAGGAGUGCCUGGUGAAAUACGCUCAGGAGGCUGUGUUUGGUUCAGGAAGGUCGCAGCUGAGCUGCAUGGAUGGGAACUGUACCUGUUCCUUCCCCACCAGCGAGCUGGAGAAAGUCUUACCAGAGAACAUCUUGUUUAAAUACUACGAGCGGCAGGCAGAGGAGGCUGUGGCUGCCACCUGUGCAGAUGAGCUGGUCAGGUGUCCGUUCUGUAACUUCCCUGCUCUGCUGGACAAGGAGAUUUCUCUGUUCAGCUGCCCCAAUCCUCGCUGCAGAAAGGAGAGCUGCCGGAAGUGCCAUGUGGUGUGGAAGGAGCAUGCGGGAAAGACCUGCGAGCAGGUGCUGGAGAGGGACGAGAUCCGGCUGCGGGUGGCUUUUGAGGAGAGGAUGACGGCAGCCCGUGUCAGAAAGUGCCAUAAGUGUUCCACGGGCCUGGUGAAAUCGGAGGGCUGCAACCGAAUGUCCUGCCGUUGCGGCGCCUUCAUGUGCUACCUCUGCCGUGAGCCCAUCAAUGGUUACAACCACUUCUGCCAGCAUGCCCGCUCACCCGGCGCCCCCUGCCGCCACUGCAAGAAGUGUUCGCUGUGGACAGACCCUACGCAAGACGAUGAGCGAAUUAUUCAGGAGAUCCAGAAAGAGGGUGAAGCUGAACUGAACAAAAAGAGCAGUCAAGCAGACACCACAGGGAAGAGAGUAGGUCCUCCUCCUGAACCCACCCCUGCCAAGAGGCCUCGGGUGGCGCAGGUUCCAGCCAACAAUGCUGCUCCACAGGCUGUCCGGCCUCCGUUGCUCAUCCCUCAGGUGAUGCUGCCGGGCCCUCAGCGCCUCCUCCUGCAGCCCAUCGCUGCCCCCUACGUGCCCCCCCUGCACAACCUGCCCAACCUCCCCAUUAACUAUAACGUCCCCAACGUCAACUUCGACUUUAACAUGCCUAUGCACUACGGCCCACCACACCGAUUCUUCAGGCCCCUCUGAAGAGCCUGAGGGACGGAGAGCCACGGUUGGACUAGAGAGUGUAAGCACCCCCCUCCCCCCCAGACUCUAGAAUCUUCUAUUAUCACCCUCCACUUCUUUUUUCUAUCAUGUUGGAGCUCUUAUCUGAAGAGUAUAAAACUGCAGACUGCAGCGGAGUGCCUGUUCGGCUUGCUUCUUCCUAAUUUCUUUUUGAUUUUUUUUAUAUGAAGCACAGAAUGUUGAGUAAUUUUCUCCAGCAGUUUCCAGUUAAAUAAAACAGAUUGUGUGACCUUUA